GAGGAUAAAAGCGGCAGCGGCUGUCUUGGGAACCGUGCUGCCUCGACACGGCUACCCCUAGCUGGGCGGCCGUACGAAGCAGCACCGUCUGGAAGCCCCGGGUCGCCUAGCGGCGGAGGAGGGGGGCUGUCCUUUUCUCCUGCGGGGUCGCGGAGACAGGAAGGCGGCAUCCACAGCUGUCAACGCCAGAGCAAACGCUGCCUGCCAGCAGAGCACAGGCCGUCAAAGCCGAACCCGACUUUGACUUCGGUGCGGCUGAUUGCAGAGCUGAUCCCGGAUCGGCGACCCCCGGUGGACAGACAUCGACUGUACCCCUGAGACGAUCUUUCUUCCGGAGGCCACCGGUUGCAGAAAUUGGAAGUGAAAUAAAGGCGUGCGCUCGUUCCUGAGCUCGUCUUCUACUGAGAUAGGAGGAAGGGAUACCCCGCCGGAACACCUGCACAUUAGGCUUUUCCAAAAAAGCCUGAGCGUCUUGUCAUACUCAGAUACCCGAUCGUCAAUCAUGGCUAGCAUCAUUGCACGCCUCGGUAAUAGCCGGCGCCACAAGGCACCCUUACCGCCUUGGGCCCAUUCCAUGUUGACAUCCCUGGGGAGGAGUCUCGGUCCUUUAAUGGAGGACAUGGCGGAGAGAAACCUGAAGUUGUUCUCGGGGAGGAUGGUGCCAGCACAGGGGCAGGAAACCUUUGAAAACUGGCUGAUCCAUGUCAAUGCGGUCCUGCCAGAUUGGAAUAUGUCUGAGGAGAAAAAGCUCAAGCGCUUGAUGCAAACUCUUAGGGGCCCUGUCCGGGAGGUCAUGUUUUUGCUCCGGGCGGCCAACCCCAACCUAAGUGUGGCGGAUUUCUUGCGUGCCAUGAAAUUGGUGUUUGGGGAGUCUGAAAGUAGUGUGACGGCUCAUGGUAAAUUUUUUAACACCCUGCAGGCACGAGGAGAAAAGGCUUCCCUUUAUGUGAUCCGUUUAGAGGUGCAGCUCCAGAAUGCUAUUCAGACAGGGAUCAUAGCUCAGAAAGAUGCAAACCAGACUCGCCUGCACCAGCUCCUUUUAGGGGCUGAGCUGAAUGGGGACCUAUGCUUCAGGCUGAAGCAGCUUCUCAGGACCCAUGCAAAUGAGCAGGAGCGCCUUCCCAAUUUCCUGGAAUUAAUCAGAAUAGUAAGGGAGGAAGAGGACUGGGAUGACACUUUUAUGAAAGGCAAGCGGGCCGAAAGAUCUGAGUCAGUAGUGGAGAGGGCAACCAGCCCAGUGGCAUUUCAGGGCUCCCCAGCAAUAGUGAUCGGCACAGACUGCAACGUGAUAGAGAUAGAUGAUACCCUUGAGGACUCAGAUGAGGAUGUGAUCCUGGUGGAGUCUCAGGACCCUCCACUUUCAUUCUUGGGUUCUCCUCCCCCAAGAAGCAGGGCCAGACCUCGUGAUCAAGUGCUGGUCAUUGAUUCCCCCAGCAGUUCCCAGGCUCAAUCUCCUUCCACCAGCCAGGGUUCUGGGUAUAAGAAUGAUGGCCCUGGGAAUGUGCAUCGAACCAGGAAGAGAAAAUACACAGUCCGCUGUUCAUAUUGUGGCGAGGAGAGCCACUCAAAGGAAACCUGUGACAAUAAGAGCAACAGGGCCCAGGUGUUUGAGAAUCUGAUCAUCACCAUGCAGGAGCUGACACAUACAGAGGAGGAGGGGUCAGGAGAGGCCCCUGGCAAACAUACUGACCCUUCUGACCCACAGUGAGGUGCUGGCCCUCAGCCUUAAAUGCACCCUGAUCUAUACUCAGAGUCCAGCAAUGGGAAAACUGGUAGGGGGGGGGGGCCCACUUCUAAUUGCAUGAUUAAUCCACAAAGUGGCUUUCCUUUGGGUUGGAGGAGAAAGGGUAUCGGGUACCAGCACAGUGAGGAGAGCUGGCCUCAACUCUGCGCUUGCUUCCUAUCCCCCGCUGCUUAAGGGUCUAUUUUCUGUGUGUGCCCAUUUCCCUGAUGGCUUUAUUCUCUUUGUGAAAGUGGUAUAGUUCAUUGUUAAAUCUUCAAACAAUAAGAAAGGUACAAAAAAGUACAAAUUACCCUAAACCCUCCAACCGUGUGUAACUAUUGUCAACCCUUUGAUGAAUAUCCUUCUGGAUAAUUUCCUUAUACCUGUGCACCCAGAUAGAUAUAUGUAUAGAUAAACAUGAUCAAAUAUAAGUGCUGUUCUAUAGUCUGUAUUUUUUCACCAGGCAAUAUAUGUUGUGAGCUGCUUUCUAUGUCAGUAAAUAUGUAUCAGUAUCUAUUUUAAUGCCUC